GUCUUGAAAAACGUCCAAUCAGAUUAUUGGUGGGUUGGUCUCUCUCUCUUUCUCUUUCAUUCUUGAAGGAGUAGUAAAAAGAAAGAAUAAUUUAAAGAAAAAAUUGCCUAACUUGAUAAGAUUCCAGCAGGAAGAAAAUCACCACAUAUGAUAUGAAGGCAUCAUCAUCAUCAUCUCUUUACCUGAUUAAGGUUUCUUGUACUGCCACUCUCUAAUUUCUUCUUUAGCUAACAACAAAAUAGAAAAAAGCUAGCACCAAAUUGCCAACCCUUCUUUAAUACUAAGUAGUACUAGUACUAUUAUUGUAAUUAGGGCUGAUGGGAAGCUAGACAAAUCCAUUCUUUCUUCUUUCACAAACUGUGUACCUUAUCAUUAUCAUCAAGUUUAAUUUCAAGUCUUUAUAACCCUAGCUAGCUGAACCAUAUAUUUGAUUGAAAAUUAGUUGUACUACUACUACUACAUACUGCUCCUCUUGACAAUUUUUUCUAGAUCUAUACCUUUGAUAGAUCAUGAAUUUCUUUGGUAGUAGAAGGGAGAUCCAACAAGAAGAAGCUGACUCUUCAAAAGGUAUGUGCCCUUUCUCUUCUUCAGCAUCAUCCUCUUCUUACCAACAGAAAAGGCCGAGCAGCAACGAGAGCAGUACGGAGCUUAUGUUGAUGGAUUCUUCGCCUGUAGAUGGAGGCGAAGACCCUCAUCAUCACCCUGGCAUGAUUGAGAGGGAACAUAUGUUCGAUAAGGUAGUGACCCCUAGUGAUGUGGGGAAGCUCAAUCGUUUAGUCAUUCCAAAACAGCACGCGGAGAAGUACUUCCCUUUGGAUUCCUCUAGCAACGACAAGGGGGGACUCCUAUUGAAUUUCGAAGACAGUAAUGGGAAGCCUUGGAGGUUCAGGUAUUCCUAUUGGAAUAGUAGCCAGAGCUAUGUAAUGACGAAGGGAUGGAGUCGUUUUGUCAAGGAGAAAAAGCUAGAUGCUGGAGAUAUAGUUUCAUUUCAGCGCGGCACUGGUGAAUUGUCUAAGCAUCGUCUCUUCAUAGACUGGCGCAGGCGUCCUGAUCAUGACAUUAACAAUCACUAUAUGCUUCCCCCUCACCAUUUCUCUAAUGGGAGACUCUUCCCUUUACAUCCAUAUCCAACAACCUAUUCGCAUAAUUUGCUACUCGAAGGAGGAGGCAGCAGCAAUAUUAGUAUCACUCAGCGACCUAACUAUUAUAAUCCACAUAGUUACAUCUAUGGAAUUGGUGGUAACUCCAAUAAUACUACUACUACUAGUACUCCUUACUACAUGAUGAGUACUAGUUUCAACAACAAUAGCACUAUGGCUACAAUGGUAAAUGGAAACCCUUUCAAUAAUGUGAUGAUGAGAUCAGGAGCGGCCGAGCAAGGCUGCAGUACUAAUAGAAGUGUUGUGGAGCCAAGGGUGUUCAAUUCGGUGCCAGUGGUUCAAGGUAAAGUGGCAGCAAAGAGACUCAGGUUGUUCGGAGUGAAUAUGGAUUGCCCCAUGGAUCACUCUGAUAUGUCAUCUAUCCCAACAACAACAACUUCUUCUUAUUUGCAAUUUUCAUCUUCGUUAAGGAAUUUUAACAACAGCCCAAUGCCCUCUGAAGAAUCAUCUGAAAAAGGCAAGUCCUUCGAUUUGGAUAUUUGAUCGAUCUUCUAUAUACUCUAAUGUUUAAUUUCUCUACCCCCCAGAAGGGACCAAAUUACAAGUAAGGAAGAAAGAAACAUUAAGAAAAACAUACAGAGAUCAAUUGAAGGGGGUUCCUGAUUAGUCCUAAUUUGGGAAUUAAGGAGGACAAAUUAGCACAUUGAGUCCAUUUCAUUUUAACACAGUACUGCUCAUGAUGCCAAUGUUCAUGGGAAUUAGUCUUUGAGGUUGAAAGAUUACUAAUUUCAGGUUCAAUUUGUGUAUAUUUAAUACUAUCUAGUUAAUUCAUAUAUGAUGAAUUACUACUAUUGCUAGAUCUUCUUAAUGCUGGUUAUUUUAUGUUUGAUUUUCUCAAUUGCUCAGGGCAGGAUUUGACCCUCA